AUGAACAUGGACGACUGCACCUUGGCAACUUGCCCAAUUGACUUGGCCUAUAUCAAUUACCAGCCUAACAUCCCGGCAAAUGUCCUCUUCCUCGUCAUCUUCGGCCUUCUCCUCGCCGCACAAAUCGCCCUAGGAACAUGGUUCCGAACAUGGACAUACAUGGGGGCCAUGACCGCGGGGCUCAUCCUUGAAGUACUGGGAUACAUCGGACGAGUCAUGAUGCACAGCAACCCAUUCGACUUUAAUGCAUUCCUUCUAUACCUCAUUUGUCUCACGAUUGCCCCGGCCUUCUUCACCGCCGCCAUUUACAUCUGCCUGGGAAGAAUUGUCAUCGUCUACGGGGAGGAUAUCUCCAGGAUUCGCCCGCGUACAUACACCAUCCUCUUCGUCACUUGCGAUAUCAUCGCUCUAGUCCUACAAGCAGCCGGCGGCGCCAUUACCUCCAUCGCCGACUCAGACCAAAAAAGCCUCAGCGAUACCGGUGUCAAUAUCAUGAUUGCAGGAUUGGCUUUCCAGGUCGCCUCGUUGACGCUGUUCAUUGUGCUCGCUUCGGAAUUCGCCCUGCGAGUGCGCCGCAGCUCAGAAGAUAUGAAGAAUGCGUCUACAGCAUCUGUUCGCAGUGGUUUGAAAUGGAAGAUGUUCCUUCUGAGUCUUGCCAUUGCCGUUUUAACGAUCUUCACUCGCUCGAUCUUCCGUGUUGCGGAGCUGAAAGGUGGAUUUAACAGUGAUCUGGCUAAUGAUGAAAUUUCCCUGAUGAUUCUUGAGAGCACUAUGAUUGCCAUUGCGUGCAUUUGUAUGACCGCCGCUCACCCAGCAGUUGCCAUGGGCCGGCGAUGGGGGGAACUCUCGGCGAAGCCGCGUCGUGGAGUCGUUUCGUCUAAGGCGUCGCACGCUUCAUCAGAAAUUGAGAUGAUGAAUGCUUAA